AUGUCGUCAGCCCUUGCUUUUCUUACUUUAACUGCGUUGUUAGCUGUUUGUAACGGAGUGGGCUACGGUCAAUAUCCUGGACAGUACCCGGGCUAUUAUCCCGGUAAUCAAUACCCGGGCAACCAGUAUCCGGGAAAUCAAUACCCUGGCAACCAGUACCCGGGUAAUCAAUAUCCUGGCAACCAGUACCCGGGUUAUCCGGGCGUAGACGGUCCACCCGGAGCUCAUCCCGGAUGUCCACUUUGCGAUUCGUCUGUGUACAGUUAUUGCUCGCAAAAGCAAAUACACGACUCCUGCUGUUGCGAAAACCAGGCUUAUUUACCAUUCUCCUGCCGCAAAACGAACUGCAAUUUCCUCCACGCCAACUCUUGCCAAGAAUACCAACUGAUUACCAACUGCUGUUGCGUAGACCUUCAGAAAAGUGCUGCUGCUCCAGUGGUGCCUGUCGCUGUUCCAGCUAUAGUGGCCUAA